AUGGUUAGUUUUUCGAUGGAAUUGAAUAAAUCCCACCAAAUUAGAUCAUUGAGUAUACCAUCAAAGAUAAAUCCUAUCAACCAAAAAAUAGAAAACGAGCUUAAUAGGCUUAGUACCAUAGAAGAUGCAUCAACAUCAGCCUCGGAAAGCAUCAGUAUUGGUGUGUCCGGGCUGGUAGAGUUGUAUAGGUGCAUUAACCAAGCCUUGAGUCUUCCAAUGACUCAACAAGCUCUCUUACUUCGCCAACAUGAUAAACAUGUUGGCGAAUUGUUAAAGGGAUGCUCGAGUCUACUAAAUGUCUGCAGCUUGAUCAACGAGAUCGUGCUGCAGCAAGGGGUAGUCACUAAAAAGCUUAAAAACACUCUUACACAUAGAGAAGAAAGCUUGAAAAUAGGAAGCGAUGUUGCAAAUUAUACUUUUUUGAGGAAAGAAGUCAUGAGAAAAGCCAGAGAUAUUCUUCCGUCAUUGAAUCUACUAAAUUCUGAGGUCCUAGGAGAAGAGGACUGUCAAAUUUCGACAGUGAUCAAGUCGCUUAGAUGUGUUAGCAUCAUAAACUUAUCUGUCUUUCAAUCGCUCUUGGUUUUCCUGUCAAUGCCGGUGUCUAAGCCAAAAAGGUCCCUUGUUUCUAAGAUAAUGAACAAAGGAAGAGGCAAGUGUGAAAGUGGAAAUGAAAUAAACGAUGUGGACAUGGUGUUGCACGAGUUGGUUUCAGGAAAAUCUGUAAACGACGAGAAAUUGUGUUUUUCAGUGAAGAAAUUGAAGGCGUUGGCGGAUGUUAUGGAAGGCAUUGAAAGUGGCUUGGAAAAUAUUUGCAAGCAGUUAUCUCAAACAAAAGUCAGUCUGAUGAACAUAGCCUCUUUCUAG